AUGACCAGAGUAUAUCAUCCACGGCCACAAUAUGCGUCACAGCGCAGCAGCACCCUUGAGCAGCCGCGAGCCGUCGCCAAAAAGAAGAAGCCCUACAAGAUUGUGCUCGAAGCGGUAACGCAGGAAAAGAAGAAACUGCACUCGAUCUUGACGUAUGCAUCCAACGCGCCCACUGGCUUCGGCUUCAUUCCCGCUGGACAUCCAGAGUUCACGGAAUGGUGCAAGGAGCAGUGUCGCCAGCGCAACCUCGACGUACAUAUUGUUUCGGCCAAACCCAAGAACAAGAUGCAUUCCGAUCCCGAGAAAUUAUCUCAUCACGUCCACCGAGUCGGACAUCAUUUUCCUUUGCAGAUUAUCGACCUUGCAUGCAGCAAGUUCGGGUAUACGUAUGAUGAAAGCCAGGGCCUCCAGAAAGCCAAGGAUGGCGACAGGACCAACUGGAUUGCCCGGCGCUUCGAGGACUACUCUUCACGGCAAGUUAAACAAGGACGUCCCACGACAGAAAAGGAGACCAAAGGCUACAUCCAUGGUGCCGUUCGCGAAAUGUUUCCCAAGAUCCCUGACGAUGAUUUGCAAGCCAUUGUUACCCAUGCCUUUGAGGAGGGAACAAACCGGGUAGGUAAUGCCAAGGAACUUUCAUUGGCUCGUAGAGUGCAGCUUGCUGUUGUCGCCCAUAUUCGUCACACGUAUACAGAUUACGACAAGCUGCUCAAAAGUGGCGGUUGGAUGGAGGCUCGGUCCAAGGUUGAGAGUGUCUCCCUUGCCAAACUCAAAGAGUGGCGCGACGAAGCCGAUGAGCAAAGCAAUGAGCUUGAAGAAACCUUCCGUGAGGUCAUUGUUCUUGAUGAUGACGAUGAACCAAGCAGCGAUCGCCAUUCCACGUCUACGCCUGAUGAACGUGAGCAAAGCAUGGAAAUUGUUUCCAGUCGUGCUACUGCGCGCGAUUUGCAACCCGAACUUCAUGCCAACUACCCUCGUAAUGAUAUGAGAGGUGUAGCAAGAAGAACAAUUGUUCUUUCGCGAUACCCUCCACCUCCACGAUCAGGUCCAUUGCCUGGCUCUUCACACCCCCAGCCAUUCUCUCAGCUACCACCUCCACCUCCACCUCCACCUAUGCACGCAACACUAAACUCUGAACCACGCCUAGGGCACCACGGCGAAGCAUAUCGCUAUGGCACACACGAUCUGAAUGACAAACGAGCAAGGCCAGCUGACUCUGGUACAAGCCAACGGGCCGAGCCUAUUUUGCACGAAAUCGACGGGCAAUUGUAUAAACUUCAACCCAUCAAGGAGCCACAAGAUGAUUCAAUGAUGCGGUAUGACCACCCUCCAUCGCGACGCAUACAAGGCAUGUAUUCGCGUCCUGCAUCCCCUCGAUUUAGUAUGCAGGAAAGACCACCCACGAACACAAAACGCAUGGCAGAUCACGAUCUUGUACUCCCUUCUGUUGAGCGUGAAACAGUUGAUCUGACUUCGCCACCACGCCGUAAUACAAAUGCACAUCACCCAGUGCAGGAUCACAACAUGCUAGACAGGCACUACAUUCAGGUACAGUCGCCAAAACGUAAAGCGCUGAAUACUUUCACGGACGAAAGAGACGCCCAAGCAGACCAACAGCCGAAACGUUCAAGGCCUAUGUAUCGUGAAGAAAUCCAUCCCAGAACCUACCAAGGUGGGCCACUUGAGUUCCAUUCAAGUCAACCAAUGGGUCCUCUUCACAGUGCUCCACGACCACCGCCUCCAGAGCAUGUCAUUGAUCUAACAAACAGUCUAUAUGGUCCGCCUACCAACAAUGUCAGAGGUCAAUAUGUACCUCAACGACCUACUGCAGAUGUUGAUCCUCGUGGAUACGUAUACGCUCCUCCUGUAACGCAUCGACAGCCUGCGCGCGAUGUGAGAGAACCUCAUCAUCAGGUACCGGCUGGCGCACCUUGUCGUACUUACGUGCCCAAUGCCAGGGCGUACGACAACCGGAAUCCAGCCCGUGACUAUAUCUCGUUGCGAGACGGACGUCAGAUACCUCGGUUCGAGGAAGAGAGUCUGCAAUACAUGAGAACCGGAGUUCGAUAUGGUGCUUAG